CUUCUAAUUUCAUGCCAGAUUUACAAAUACAAUUUACCUCUCCCCACUUUCUCGCACGCCUCUCUCCCCCUCUUUCAAUGUGGCUUGCCUCUCUCCUCCCUUUUCCAAUAUGAUUUGUUUCUCUUUUUCCUCUAAUAUGUAGCUCCAAAUUAUAGCUAACAAACAAUAACUAUGUAGUGUAAUUAAAUUUUUUUUUGGUGACUAUAUAUGAAAUUUCCUCGAUUCAAUUUGAUUAUUUUGUGAUUUUUCUAGUAAAAUUAAAAAGCAAAUCGAAUAGUACUUGGACAUGUAGAACCUGGAAAAAGAAGAAGAAAAGGAGGGACUAUAAGAGUCAAAAUUCGUAAAACCCUAAUCGGUAGCCAAAUUCCAGUAUGGAGGGAAUACAGAAGGCUUUUCGUAGUGCCAUGUCUCAGGAUCCUAAUGGCAGUUUAAGUUCCAUUUCUUCUGCUCUUGAAAAGGCACCCAUUAAAUCUUCUGCUACUGUUUCGUCGGCUGAGCAAUCACAGCUUUUGCUUACUCGAUCUUCCAGACAAGCAGUAUCACUGUGGACUUGCUCAAAGCUCUGUGCCAUUUGUUUUGUUGCUGGAAUAUUUGUUGGUUAUACACUGAAGCGUCGUGUACGCCGAUGGGCUUCCAAAUUUCUCAAGGGAUUGAAGGACUAACAAGUUUUGGAUACUUCCAGUUUCUGAUUGUAAUUUCAUUUUCCAUGUAGGUAUCAUAUCACAUUGUACUUUUCUGGCCAUGAUAUACAGAAGUCUUUUAUGGGUUUUUGCUGCAUAAGCACUGAAUUGUGUUUGAUACAAAAGGAAUUUAUCAACUUUCUUCAA